GGGUGGCUAAAAGACUUUGACACUUGGAAAAGGACAAUCCCAUAUAGCUCUGCUCUUUGACUCAUUCAUAUUGACUUUGACACAGAUAAAGACAGUUUUGAGCGACCUUACAAUUAGUUUGAUAAUGGUAUGUAUGUUCCAUUUCAGCAUCAAUACUCAUGUGAAGAGGGAUGGACUCAUUUUUAUGUUUCCUUCAAAUUAUGGUGGUUGUACUAGUGCUACAUCAUCAUCAAGCAUGUGAUGCAACUACUAAUAGUAGUAACAAUAACCAAACAUAUUGCCCAAUUUCUUCAUGCGGAAAAAUCACAAACAUAAGACAUCCGUUUCGGCUUAAGAAUGAUCCAUCAGCCUGUGGUAAUCCGAAGUACGAGUUAUCCUGUGAAAACAACGUCACAACAUUAACUCUGUUUUCGGGGAAAUACUAUGUUAAAUCAAUCAACUACGAAGACUACACAGUUCAAGUUGUUGAUCCCGGAAUUGAAGAGGGGAAUUGCUCCUCCAUUCCUAGCUAUUUCCUAAGUACAUCCAAUUUUACAAUUAUCUACGACUAUGAUGACUACCAUAUGUAUCCAUAUCAAAUCGACUAUCAUUUUGGGUUCGGGUACGGGUACAUAAUAUACUUGAACUGUAGCAAACCAGUGAAGGACGAUCUUGAGUAUGUUGAUACAUCUCCGUGUAGAGUCAACUCCGACUCCAAAAGCUAUGUUUAUGCUUUUGCGGGGGAGAACUAUCGGGAAGAAGAUUAUUGGAGAUCCAAUAAGUAUUUGUCAGUUGGGAGAUUAAAAGAUUAUUGCAAAGUGAAGCUUGUUGCUAUGUCAUCAUUAUUAGUUAAUCCUAAUGUCAGAGAUGAUGUACCAAAUCGACCUCUUUCGUAUGAGCAAAUUCAUGGAAUGCUAGUCUAUGGAUUUCAGUUAUCGUGGAUAAGUGGUGCUUGUAGAGAUUCUUGCGGCGAUAAUCAACGGUGCUACUUUAAUCAAACCACUAGAGAUUUUGAAUGUUAUGAAUCAACUGAUUAUUGCGAUUAUCCAUUGGGAAUUGAAGUCGCCAAAAGAUGUGACCAACUAUCAAAGCAGCUCAUAAUAGAGGAAGAUGUAAUACUUGGCUUUGUUAAAGGAGUAGUACAAAUAUUUGGCAUAACAAAAAGCUCUGAAUUAUCCAGUGAACUUAAAGAUUCUAAAACUGCCAUCGAGAUAGGAAGAGUGACAGGAAGAUACCUUUUGCCAUUAUUUAUGUCGAGAUUUGUCCUAGGCCUUGUGGUUUUCUUCGUAUUAUUGAUAUAUACAUGUCGGAAAAGGCAUAUAUCAAUGUAUGAAAAUAUUGAAGUUUUUCUUAGAGGGAGUACCUUGACGCCAAUUAGGUAUUCGUACAAAGAAAUAAAAACCAUGACUAGAAGUUUUAGAGAUAAGUUAGGCGAAGGAGGCUUUGGUGCUGUUUAUCAAGGAAAGCUAAGGAGCGGGCCAUUUGUGGCCAUAAAAAUGUUGAGUAAAUCUAAGGGUAAUGGACAAGAUUUCAUUAAUGAAGUUGCAACCAUAGGAAGAAUACAUCACACCAAUGUAGUUCGACUUAUUGGAUUUUGUUUUGAAGGAUCUAAACGUGCUCUUGUUUAUGAAUUUAUGCCCAAUGGUUCUCUUGAUAAAUAUAUUUCUUCUAGAGAGGAUGCCAUCUCUCUCACUUAUAAGCAAAUGUAUGAGAUAUCUCUUGGAGUAGCUCGUGGUAUUGCUUAUUUGCAUCAAGGAUGUGACAUGCAAAUUUUGCAUUUUGACAUAAAGCCCCAUAACAUCCUUCUCGACGAGAACUUUAUCCCAAAGGUUUCCGAUUUUGGUCUUGCAAAGCUUUAUCCUAAUGACAUGAGCAUUGUGACUCUAACUGCAGCAAGAGGAACAAUUGGUUACAUGGCUCCUGAAUUAUUCUACCAAAAUAUUGGAGGAGUGUCUUACAAGGCAGAUGUCUACAGUUUUGGAAUGCUUUUAAUGGAAAUGGCAAGUAAGAGAAGAAAUUUGAAUCCACAUGCAGAUCGUUCAAGCCAACUUUUCUUUCCCUUUUGGAUCUACAAUCAAUUGAUUGAGGAAAAGGACAUAGAAAUGGAUGAACUGACUAAUGAGGAAAUGAUUAAUGUGAAAAAGAUGUUCAUAACUGCAUUAUGGUGUAUACAAUUAAAACCAAGUGAUCGUCCUUCAAUGAACAAAGUAAUUGAGAUGCUUGAAGGAAAUAUUGAGAACAUUGAAAUGCCUCCAAAACCUUCUCUAUAUCCAAAUGAAACUAUUCAGAAUGAUCUUGAAGAAACCUCCGAUGAAAUUGAGUCAGAUGCUGAUGAUGACUCUGCUAGUUUCUUGAAGGAAACGAAAUCAUAGCCUAUUUAUAAUGUAUUCUGCUUGAAAAUUGUUGGUAAUUUUCUUUUGCAAUUAUAUUUUUGUUUCCCUUUACCAUUAAAUCUUAAUUAUCCAUUGGUUGAAGUAUACUCUGUUAUUGGUGAUUUGAUAACAAUUUUAUUCCUGAAUGUAUUGAUUGUUGAAACUUUGUUUUCUGUU